AUCAGUAAUUACAUAAUGUCCUCCAAACUUGUCACCAUAGUCGCCGGGGUCGGUGCUGGUACCGGAGCCUCAGUUGCCAGAAAGUUCGCAAAAACAUAUCCUGUGGUUCUUCUAGCCAGGAAUCCAGAGAACUUUGAAUCGCUGGCUAAAGAAAUUAACUCGUCAGGUGGAAAAGCGUUAGGUAUCAGUACAGACAUCUCGGAUUCGAGUAGCGUCAAGAAGGCCAUAGAGACGAUCAAGAAAGAAUUUGGGGACGAUGUUGGCGCUUCUGCGGCCAUCUUCAACGCCAGUGGUGGUUUUCUCCGCAAAUCCUUCCUCGAAUUGCCCGAAGAUGUCUUCACCACGUCUAUGAACGUGAGCGCAACUGGCGGAUUCCUGUUUUCACAAGCAACUCUCCCUUUGCUAUUGAAGGGCGUUGAACAGAAAUCCGAGCAUCCACCUUCAUUGAUAUUCACGGGCGCAACGGCCUCGGUGAAAAGCAAUGCGCGCAUGGCGUCGUUCGCACCAGGCAAAUGGGCCCUGCGCGCGCUAUCCCAGAGUCUGGCAAGAGAAUUCGGACCGCAAGGCAUUCACGUCUCACAUGCGAUAAUAGAUGGGGUUAUUGACAUCCCACGGACACGGGAGUUGUUAAAGGACUUGGGCCCUGAGGCCAAAUUGUCUGCGGACGGAAUUGCAAACGACUACUGGUGGCUUCAUACGCAGCCAAGGACAAACUUCACCUGGGAAAUAGAUCUAAGGCCUGCUGUGGAGAAGUGGUAG